GUGUGACCUGGCUCGCUAGUGAACAGGUACCGGACAUCUGCACGGUGCAUAUAUAUAUGUACCUGCCCCAACGUCGCACACCUGCACUCGCGUGGCAGCUCUCACCUUUAGCACUGAACGACUGUAAGCGACGAAAAGUCAAGAUGACGUCCUUGGACAGCGACAUCAACCAACACUUCCAGGAUGCAAUCGAUGUGAUUGAGCAGCAUUCCAGCAAUUCCUAUUACUCAGAAUAUGCAUAUUAUGAAACUCUGGGCUCCCAGCAGCAGCCUCUCCAGUAUCCCAGGCACUACUGCCUCAUCACGCCUCCAGCCGAUGUACCGGCGGCUGUGUAUGACUGGAGCGACACCGCUCAGCAGCCCUGGCCCCAGGUGAUGCCGGAUGUCUCCCUCUCUCACCCCGGAUCAACUGACUCCCCCAAUAUCUUCUCGAUCCUACCGCCUCAGAGAAGCAGUAAAGGUCGUAAGAAGCUCAGGCUCUAUGAAUACCUCCACGAAGCUCUGAAUGACCCCAGCAUGGGCGACUCCAUCCAGUGGACGGACAGCGUCAGCGGCACCUUCCACUUCAUCUCCAAGAACAAGGAGAAGCUGGCCGAGUGCUGGGGCCAGCGCAAGGGCAACCGCAAGACCAUGACCUACCAGAAGAUGGCAAGGGCCCUGAGGAACUACAGCCGCACCGGCGAGAUCAUCAAGGUGCGCCGCAAGCUCACCUACCAGUUCAACCCAGACAUCCUGCACCGGCUCGGCUCGGCGCAGGCCCCCCCGCACCUGCCGUGCCGGGCCGGUGCCGGGGAGGAGGUCCGCAGCCAGCAGCACAGCGCCGCCGAGCAGAGCCACUACGCAGCCGCGGUGGCGGCGGCUGGAGAUUGGCACAGCUGGUACACGCACUACCAGCUGCAGGAGGACUAUGACCUGGCCUCCAGCUUCACCUCGCACUCCUCGAGCAAGCUGUGAGCGGGACACGGAGGACUUCUUCAGAUCUGUUAAGCCUCGACGGCUGUCAUGAAAUCUCACAGUGGGACUCGUUCUCAGAUCUGUCCUGUAAAUAGUCAAAAGCAAUUUAUCAGUGAAUCAAGAAUCACUGGAUGAGUAAGAUUUGGCAUUCAUUUAAUUUUUACAGUAAGCAGCGUAUUUGCCUUGCAGCCAAUGCAGCAUCUGUUUCACCAUGUACACUAAUUAGACGUAAUAAACUGAGGUUUAAGCGUGCAGGUGGCUGCAGCCGGGGGAAAAAAAAGGAAAAUGAUGAACAUGUCAGCACAACUCAUACUUAAAAAGCACCACCUAAGGGUUUUUGUUAGUGCAUGGCAUAGAUUUUUAUUUAAACACGCCUCUAGCAUUGACCACUUUAAAAAAAGUAAAUGUGUUGGAGAAGGUUUCUAUCACAAUAAUGGAAACAUUUCUCAGUUCAUGUAUUUGUGGCCUUUGUUUGAUGAUGUAAAACAUUUAUGUAAUGUUGCUGAUUCACUGUGUAAUUUGCAUUGUAAUAUACUUAACUGUUACAGUAAGAGCCUGAUCAUAAUAAUAAUGUAAAUAUGCAACUUUUUUUUUUAUGGAUCCUCAUGUUAAAACAAAUAACCAGAAAUAAGCCCUCCUGUCAUGUGUCCUGACAUGUACAUUUUGGGUACAUGUCAUGUUUGUGUACUUAUCGUAUUUAUUGUCUUAUAAUAUUAAAGUUGUUUUCCACUUGU